UAUAAUUAAACCCAUAAAAAAAUAAGUGCCCAGAUUUAACUGCAUUUCAAUGCUACCUUCAUUUCCGAUGAUUUAGUCUGUUGAAUCUCUUCUACUCAACAAAUUAUUUCAAUCUAAUCUGCAGAAAAUCCAAAGAUUAGAUUGCUGAGAGGAUGGAGUCAAAAAUGGAUCAUUAUGAGAUCAUGGAGCAGAUUGGGCGUGGAGCUUUUGGUGCAGCCAUUUUGGUUAAUCACAAGCUGGAAAGGAAAAAGUAUGUGCUGAAGAAGAUUCGAUUAGCUAGACAAACAGAACGUUGCAGGAGAUCAGCUCAUCAAGAGAUGGCCCUAAUUGCUCGGCUGCAGCAUCCGUUCAUCGUCGAGUUCAAGGAAGCUUGGGUGGAGAAGGGUUGCUUUGUUUGCAUAGUUACUGGAUAUUGUGAAGGUGGUGACAUGGCUGAGCUUAUGAAGAAAGCCAAUGGCCAAUACUUUCCUGAGGAGAAACUGUUGAAGUGGUUCACUCAGCUGUUGUUGGCAGUCGAGUAUCUUCAUUCUGGUUUUGUUCUCCACCGGGACCUCAAAUGCUCCAACAUCUUUCUCACCAAAGAUCAAGAUAUUCGUCUAGGGGAUUUUGGGCUUGCUAAAACUUUGAAAGCCGAUGAUUUGACUUCUUCUGUUGUCGGAACUCCGAAUUACAUGUGCCCUGAACUACUUGCUGAUAUUCCUUAUGGUUUGAAAUCUGAUAUAUGGUCCCUUGGUUGCUGUAUGUACGAAAUGGCUGCACAUCGUCGUGCAUUCAAGGCUUCUGAUAUGGCUGGCUUAAUAAGCAAGAUUAACCGAUCAGCCAUUGGCCCGUUGCCUCUUUGUUACUCCCCGGCCCUGAAAAUGCUCAUCAAGAGCAUGUUGCGUAAAAAUCCCGAGCAACGGGCCAGUGCGUCUGAGCUGUUGAAGCACCCGUUUCUGCAACCUUACGUUGCUGAGUACCGCCAAUCUUACACUGCUCCUACAAAACAUAUUUUUUCGGCUAAUGAACAUCGCGAGGAUAUGGCUGAAAGCGAAAGCGAAAGCAGCAGUUCACGCAGCGACAGAGAGAGCCUAAUGGCGAGCGAGAUUCAAGAAGAGAUUGCUGAAACUCGCGUCUGCGGGCAGCUUCAGUCGAGAGGUUGCCUACAAGGAAGCGAUACGUCGCCUGCAAACACUAAGGAAGCUGAGAGGGGCGACGUGCCAAAGCAGCCGAGGGUCAUCAAGAACAUCAUUAAGGCUCUAAAAGAAGGCAAAGGCAGAGAAAUUACUUCUUCGAAGCGUCAGUCGUCUGCAACGGAAACUCCACAAAAGAUCAAAGCCAGAAAUGAAGUAACAACCCCUUCCUCUGCUCCUGCGAAGCUCGUUUCUGAUGCAGAGCCCUCUUGUAAACGAGCCCUCGACAGAACUUCUUCGUUUCAUGCUCGGAUGAGACAGCCGGGACGCGACACAGAUAUAGCCGCGGAAUGUGAUCAACACGCCAAAUCAUCGCAUUUCCGGGACGAAAUCUUGCAGCAUUGUAGGAACAGUCGAAACGCAGCAUCUUCAGCCCGGGGAAUUGAGCUUGGCAACAACGUACGGACCCCUAGCAGCUCCACGCCUCACGAGAAUUCGGAGGGUAGUGCUUGUGGUGAGGAAACUCAGUGUGCUUUGCGAAUGGAGAUCCCGUCUCCUAACCUCGCGAGCGACGAGGAAGUCCUCGUCUCGCCGGUGACAGACGCCUCCUCAUCCGUCACAAUCUGCCACGCUGCAUCAGAUUCUUCCGUCUCGGCCCAGGCAAACGCACCAGAGGAGGCAGGUGCGAAGGAGACCGUCUCCUCGGAUGCGAAAUCGUUCAGCGAACGGGCGGACGCGCUCGAAGGGCUGCUGGAGCUGUGUGCGGACUUGCUUGAGCAGAGCAAGUUGGAGGAAUUGGCAGUGGUUUUGAAGCCAUUUGGGAAGGAAAAGGUGUCUCCAAGAGAUACAGCAAUGUGGCUGGCUAAGAGCCUUAAAGGGUUGAUGAUUGAAGACAGUGGGAGGCUUGCAUGAUUUUUAUUUAUCUAUUUCAUUUAAUUAUUCCAUCUUUUUUUAAUGGUGCCUUUGUUUUAAUUUAGUAGCAAUGUUUUCACUUGUAUUGUCGAUUGAAGACUGUUUGAAGUAGAGGAUUUGUAUAUGAAAUUUAGGGUUGUCGAUCGCGCAGCUGUGGA